AGCUCUUCAGAGUAUCAGCAAGUGUAGAACAGGGAACAGGCUCAGAUUCAUUGAAGGAGGUGGAGGGUAGCGCACACAAGUUCCCUUCCCUGCAGAGGAGCCCGAGUUAUCUUUCAGCGGCAAAACUGAGCGUAAAACCGAUCCGCUCUUUUAAAAGACGAGACUUCAGCGGAGGGAGGAGGAAUUAUUAAAAACAGGAUCUGUCCCAGUCAGAAGUGCUGUGCGUCUUCUCCCAAGGCUGAAAAAUGAGUCUGAGCCCCAGCGAUCUGGAUGACCUGCUGCAGUGGUUUGGAGACCCCAACAUCUCCAAAGCCUUCAGCAACAUAUCGAGUGUGGAAGCGGUGGUGUGUGACAUGGCGUUCAACCGCAGCGCCCUGCUCUACUCCAUGUGCAUCCUCUACACCUUCAUCUUCAUUGUUGGGUUGGCUGCCAACGCUCUGGUCCUCUGGGUGAACAUCCGCGCUCAGAGAGACUCCACCCCUCGCCACGAGACGCACAUGUACAUCGCCCACCUGGCGGUCGCAGACCUGUGCAUGUGCGUCACCCUGCCCGUGUGGGUGAGCUCGCUGGCCCAGCACGGCCACUGGCCCUUCGGCGAGGUGGCGUGCAAGCUCACGCACUGGCUCUUCUCCGUCAACCUCUUUGGCAGCAUCUUCUUCCUGGCCUGCAUGAGCGUGGACCGCUACCUCAGCGUGACAAGGCAAAGGGACAGCGAGGGAGGCGCGCGCAGGAAGUUGAUCCGUCGCGGAGCGUGCGUAGGGGUGUGGCUUCUUGCUCUGGUCGCCUCCCUUCCUGAUACCUACUUCCUGCGUGCUGUGAAGUCGACACACGGGGACGUAAUGCUGUGCAGGCCGGUGUACCCGGGGGAGAACCACAGUGACUGGGUGGGGGGAAUGCAGCUGAGCUUCAUCCUGCUGGGCUUUGUUCUCCCCUUCCCCGUCAUUGCAGUGUUCUACGCUCUGCUCGCCAGGGCUUUCAAGCGCUCCUCUUCCUCUUCAUCAUCAUCUGCAGUGGAGCAGGAGCGCCACGUGAGCCGCAGGGUGAUCCUGGCCUACAUCGUGGUGUUUCUAGGCUGCUGGGGGCCCUAUCACGCCGUCCUCUUCGCUGAUUCCCUGAUUCAGCUGGGUGUGGUGCCGCAGACCUGCGGCCUUGAGAAUUUCAUCUACGUGGCCUUACAACUCACCCAGUGUCUGUCCCUGCUUCACUGCUGUUUCAACCCCAUCCUCUACAACUUCCUCAACAGAAACUACCGCUACGACCUCAUGAAGGCGUUCAUCUUUAAAUACUCCACGAGGACGGGCUUGGCGCGCCUCAUCGAGGCUUCCAACAUGUCCGAGGCCGAGUACUCUGCUGUAGCUGUAGACAACCCACCACAGAUCUGAAACAUUCCUCGAACACUGUUUCUAAAUCUAAAUGGCUAAUGUAAACUUCCGUUUCAGCUGAUUUGUUUUCAUCAGAAUCUGUCCGCUCUCAGCCUCACAUAUGACAUUAGAACACAAGCCGAUCCAGCAUCCUUUUUUUACAGGAAUCUACUUGAGUCAUGUAGAGAAGCGUGAAGACAGGCUCAGCUUUGAUGGACUGAAUUUAAAAGCACUUAGAAAGCAGUUUUGUUAGAAACUGAUACUGAAAUCGCAUGAAUAUCGUCGCUCAUUUGUAAAGCCCAAAACAGUGACAGUAAAUGUGUAACAUCAUUGCCUGUACUGUGUGUGUAGGAGUGUGUUGUGUGCGUGUGUGUUGUGUGUGUGUGUGUGUGUGAGUGUGCACAAUCUGCCGGGCAUUGAAUACUGAUAGUAUCAUAGUUAUAUUGUUAAUCUUUUUGUAUCACGUUGUAUUUAUAUUCUGUACAUGUGCCUCUUUUAUAUUGUAAUUCUAAGUCCUCACACGCUGAUGUCUGCUCAGUGCUCCCCUUCAUGCAGCGCUGCCUCAUCGUGUUCGUCGAGCCACUGACUGGCUCAGUGUUGUCGUCCUGCUGCCUCGUUGGUGAUCAUAACCUCAUGUCACAUGAGCUGAACCCUUCAGACGAAUAACUCAAUUUUGAGUUCUUUCAAGCAACUUGCAUUUGUAAGUUUUCAAAAAAAAAGAGAGAAGAAAGUGUGUGUUCUGUGUUUCAUUGUUUUGGAAAUAAACUUUUUUGGAGUCGAUCGGAGUCGACAGCUCGGCUCAGUAUGAAGACUUGAAACUGCUAGUCUGUCUGCUGACGACAAAAAAUAUCCACCCACAAGAACCUCCAAAGCUCAUUAAUCAAUAGAAAAUGUCUUGUUUAAUCUGUGUGAACACCAUAGAUGAUAAUGUGUUUGACCAUUUCUUGGCAGGGUGCAGUGACUUCCUCUUGUAUCUGAGCGUUUGUGCUAAGCUAAUCUACAUGCUUUAAAGGUGCAAUGUGUAACAGUUUUUGAAUACUUAGCACAAACAAACGGGAGGGAGGCAUGCUGCAAACUGCUGAGCUAGGUAGCAGUUAGCGAUCCAGACUUUGAGCUCAUAGUGGUAUUAUGAGACAGGACUGGCUGGGGCUAGCUGAUUGGCAUCAUCAAUACAUAGGUGACUUUAAUAUAACUUCUACAGAUUCAGUUUUUUCCCACCAUCCCGCUCGCCAUCUAGGUGCUAACAUUAGCAUUGUCGCUUGUUAAUUUGUGAGCUUGUGGCUAUGUUGAGAGCAGUUUUUAGACCAGACGUUUCAGUUUUGUGAGUUUUUCGUUCUGCUGAUGAGUUCUAACUGUUGAAAAAACCUUGUGGGUGUAAAAUAAUUUCAAAAAGGCAGUUGAAGCGCCUGCCUCAGCUGAUCGUAAUCAAAAAGUCCAGGAAUGUCAAACAUGCUGGCUUUGGCUUCAUAUUUACCGUACACUCUCUCAUACAUCAAGCUGUUCACACAGAUCUCAGCAAGAAAUCAAACUUAUUUCCCAAACUUCCUCUCAAGAAAAUCUUAACAGUAUAUCUGUACAUUGUCCGGAGGCUUCGUUCAGGCCUACUGAGCCAGAGGAGCAGAUAGAUGUAGCUCCUGUCUCUCCUGAAAAGUAUUACAUAAUAUACUUGACUGUCACCAUAUUUUGCAUCAGUGCUAAUAGUGGCAAGAAUGCACAUUUCCAUGUGGUAAUAAUCCUGCUGUGUCAGCACACAGGCCACAGAUGGCUAAGACUUUUAUUAUGACCAAAUAGCACGAGUGAAUAGCUUCACUACUCUUAUGGAGGCAGCAGCUGUGGUGUACAACAACCAAGUGUUUAUUAGGGACCAAAUAACAUGAGACAUCAUAGCAUCACUUUAGAGAGAGAAAGAGAGGGAAAGUGUGUGUGUGUGUGUGUGUGUGUGUGUGUGUGUGUGUGUGUGUGUGUGUGUGUGUGUGUGUGUGUGUGUGUGUGUGAUUGUGUGCACCACUGCUUGACACCAAGAGACGACAUUUUUUUCAUGUCACACACAUUGAGUUAUACACUUUACUCUCUGUCCGUUGUAGGAAAAAAAACGUAUUCCUUUAAUCGUCUGACAUAGAGCACAUUGUGUCAUGUGAAUGGUUACACAUGUAUGCUUUUACACUGAAAAGAUUUCAUGUUGCGAUUUGCAAAGACUGGAGACACGAACAUGUGUCUACAAGAACAGAGGCAUUCCUUUGGUAUUGUAACGUGUAACAUGUGUGCAAUGUGUGUGUUUUGUUAUAUUAAAUCCAUAGAAAAUGUU